ACUAAGCAAGCCUGACUCGGUCGUCCAAGAAGUUCAAGAACGAAUUUAACUGAAGUUCAAUCCUCCGACCUGAAAAAUUUGAGCCGAGAUCAUCGCCUUUGGCUGGGGUGUUCCUUGGUUCGCAUCGUGCUCGUGUCCCGCCCUGCUCCGCCCUCGAACCCGCGCCCGUAGUUUUGACGGUGGCUUGGCUCUUCUUGGCUGGGAUUGGGCGUCGAGUCCGAGUUUUCGAAUGUGGAUGGCCCCUUUCCGAGGCAGUUUGAGGCCCGGCCCCUGGGUGGUCCGCCCCUUUGUGCGUGACGAUGCCACCGGCGGCCCCGCCUGGUUGUGUUCGUGGGCGGGUUUGGCUCCGAUUCAAGUGUGAAGCUAGCCAGCUCUAAGGCAGGCGUGUACGUGCCCCACCAUGAGCGGGGGGCGUGGCGAGCAUUGCCAGACCAAUGGAGCCUCACUCGAGGAUUGCCACACCAAUUUCUUUGCAUUGACCGACGUGUGCGGCAUCAAAUGGGCGGUCUAUCGCGAGUCUGAGAGUCCGAUCGGGCUCGAUCCGGCUGAAGAUGCGGUGCUCGUGUCCUAUGCUCGCUGCUUGGCGGCCGAACUCUUGGCGGUCUGGCGGCGAGUGCCCAAAGUCGAUCCGGCACCUUAUUCGGCCUUGGACUCGAUCGACGAAAUGUCGGGCCAGCCCAUUCCGCAGCCGGCCAAACCGCCCGCCGGGACCACGGCCCUUGAAGAUAAGAACUUGUUGUGUCAGAAGAAAGAGCUGUGGGUGUUUUGGUACGGGGAUCAGCCCGAUGGCAUGAAGAAGCUGAUUGCACCCGCUCUCAAGGAAGUCCACGACAUCUCGGGCACCUGGGAAAACGGCUUAAAGUAUGAGGCGCGUUCGUUACUCUUCAAGGCUCUGAACAACUUGAUUGAAAGGAAUCUACUGAGCAAAGAGUUUGUCCGCUUGGGUCGUUGGUUCAUUCAACCGUUUGACGGGCCGGACAAGUCGCCCAUGCAUAAGUGUUCGCAUCUUUCGUUCGCCUUUGAUUACUUCAUUCACGGCGAGAGCUCGGUGUGCGCCUCGGUGGAUGUUCGCCAACACCCGGCCGUGCGCCGCUUGGCUCUGCAUCAUUUGAGCUUGGCCAAGAGUCAGACCAGUCCCGUGCCUGUGAUUUUGGCCCCAUAUGGGCUGUCGGCCACGCUGACCGGCGUUAGUUUUAAAGCCACGGACUCGAGUGCGAGCCAGCUGUUAAAAGAGUGGAACCGUUUCUAUCCGUUGGAUAGGAACCGCUAUUUUUGUCAAGACCAGUAUGGUGAUCUCGUGGCCAUGCCGCCGGCCAUUGAGGUACGGGUGGCCGGGGUCCGACUAGUGUACCCCACCUGCUAUGUGCUCGUAUCAGAUAUGGAUCUCAAUGGGCCUGUGUUCACGCCAACGGGGAUCAACACCAAAACCAUGAAUACCUUCAACUGCUCAGGAGAAUCCACCACUAUGCCGGAGAAACUCGAGUUUUAUGGCUCUGAGCCUUCUCCUUUUACCACCAGUAACCAUCCCUUGUUGGUCGACCACUACUUUAAUGAGCUCAAUUUGAAUUACGUUGUUCGGCGUUCUGAGGCCGUCUGGCAAGAUGCCCUCUGCACUAAUCCGGAGAAUAUGGCCAAACAGCAGCAACAACAUCAACAACAGCAGCAGCAACAACAGCAACAACAGAAUGAUGAACAAACUGCCAACAAUAUUGGCGAACCGUCAGGCUCGGGUAAUGGAGAUUCCGGUCAGCCCAGUCAGUCUCAGACAGUGGUGGAUUACGUGUCUCAGUGGGAAUUUUGUAAUCCGGGCAAGAUUGCCCGGCGGAAACCUAGAAACCGACCCAACCGUGAGAAGUCCAAAGAUAGGAUAAGGUUCAAUCCAAAGAUACCGUUCCAUAGGAAAAGUGACCUCAUCGAUGGCCUUGCAUGGUCAUUUGGACAGACUGAUAUGAUGUGCGCUAAUUCAGCAGUGAUAGGGUCCCAAGGGGGCGGAGGGUCGAGAGUCCCGGGUUCUAACGGAUCUCGACCCAUGGGUCCCCCAGGUUCAGUGAAAGACGGCGGUGGGCUAGGUAUCAAUUCCCCUGCAUCAGUGGGCCCUGUCACCCCGGGGAGUGUCCUCACUCCGAAAGCUCCGGCACCAGGAUCUGUUCGUACCCCGGGCGAUUCCAUGGGAUGUCUAGCCAGUCCACUCCCACCCCCUAGUAAUGGUCCCCUAACUCCCAUGGAGACGGACGGACUGAAACCACCUCAAACGCCCAAAUCCGUGCCAACCUACUCCCCUUUCCCAAACGUGAGAUCCAUAGACAAUCGUCGGGUAGACAGUGUAAAACAAGAGGACCCAAACGAUUCCGAGGCCACACCCAAACCAGAGCCAAAAGAGGACUCCGACGAGUCUCGCUCCAACCAAGCCGGGUCGAUGACGGUCAACGGCAACGGAGGAGGGCCUACCACUUCCACGAGCAUCCCUUUCAAACGGCCUGCCUUGCCUAUGAAGGAGUACGAAGAGGAGCUCUCUAAGGAAGAUAUGCUUUCCGAUCACGUGUAUGAUUAUCAGAGUAUGCAACAUUGGCUCAAUCAUCCCGUCAAGAAAUUCCGCCCAGCCGAGGCUCGCAACGGUGCUCCCCUACGACCCAUUUAUCGCCGAAACAGCCAAGCCAAUGUCUUCAACUCCGAAAUGGACGAGGACUUCCGGGACCUAAGGAGUGAUAUCAAGCGAGAGCUUAUGGAUGGAAGGACUUUUUUGGACGAGAAUCGGAAAUCAGGGGAUGGAGUCGCCGGUUUGUCGGGUGGUCCAGGUCUGAACGAUCCAUAUGAAUUCAGUGACGGAAUUGAUCCCAACAAACGAGCUGCUGCAAUGGCUGCCGCUCUCGCCGCUUCUGCCGCUGGCGGGGACAAGCCCAAAAACGAGGACGAUCGAAAUGACUUGUUCUCAACUACGGGACUCAAGCCAUCCAUGGAUGAUUUGGACAAUUUAUUCGACGAUUCGAGUGAUGAAACUGAUGCGACUGGCCAUGCUCCUACUCCUCCUGAUUCAAAUAAACCAGCCAAUCAUCACGAAGAGACGGACGAUAAGACCACGUUGAAACUCCUGAGAAAUACCAAAAUUGAUCCCACAGGGAACCUGCCUCAUGACCAGCUAGCCAAAAUGUUCCCCACGCCCCCUUCACACGAGCACAAUCAUCAAAUCACAUCCCCGGCUGAAAUCAUCUUGGACAUGGAUGGGCAUCCAUUACACCUCAAACACGAGCCCAUGUCUCCACCUGAGCUCAUGGAAUGGUCAUCCAUGGACGAUCAUAACGCCCUAGCGGUAUCGAGUUUCGCUCCUCUAGAAAAGCUCUACAGCACCGAAUGUCCUUCGCUCCAGUUUCCCUUGCAAUGUUUGUAUAAACCUCGAGCGCGUCAUCAGUCCUUGGCAGCCGCUCAAAACCAACCCAACAGCAACAACCAGAGCGCUCACGGGUCAAAUGUCGCCGCGGCGAGCACGCCCGUGGGCACACCGGCUCCGCCCAGGCCAGGCAUGUCACCCAUUUCACCUUUGCCUUCCAUGGAAGGUGGGCCGCGCUCUCAUGGCCCAGCUUCUGUUGGAACGUAUCACCCACCAAGUGUGGGUGCGCCUGGAGUGGCCAGUCCCGCCUCGGUUUCUUCCAACUACAUGAAUAAAAGUAUUAAUAGUGUGGAGCCCUCACUCGCCCAAGGCAAAACUCCGGAAGCCAACGCUCUCAUCUUGACUCUGGUGUUGUCAGAUACCUUGCUGAACCAGUAUCGGGAUCACAACUUCAAUAGUUGUACCUUGUGUGUGUGCAACAAUGACGGCAACAUCCGUGGCAGAGAUGCAAGUUCGUACCUAUCUGAAUUUGCGGGUGAGGAUGAGGUCACUUGUACUUGCGGUUUUAGUGCAGUGGUGAAUCGACGGAUGGCUCAUCAAUCCGGACUCUUUUACGAGGACGAGAGUGAAGUCACAAGUGUCACGGAAGACAUGUACUUUCGCAAGAAGCCCAGUCUUCUCUUGCUAGAUCCCAAAUGCAGCGGGGAAGUGGCCGAUAACAAAGCCGUUCCCGAUGUGGAUCGGAUCCCUCCGGCUCUGCUCGACCUAAUCCAUUUGCAGUCCAUCUUUCCAACGAGUGCACAAAACGCACUCCUGAAGUAUUCAAAACAGUACCUGAAAUCCAGUUGUCAGCUUGCGCCCGUCAACAUGGUCGAACUCAUGGACGCCAACAAUGUGAUCUUCCAGGCCUUGGAACAGGUCAAGAACGCCUCAGAUCCUGCCACGACCUCUGUGACUAAAUUGGAAGAGUCUCAAAAGCAGACUUGUCUUCACCGCUGGCCUUUGUUGAAGAGCGAAGGGCCUCUGUGCAGCGAGGACGUCAUUCGGGUCAUGGGUUCUCUGCAACCGUGCUUGCAUGAGUCGCUACACGUGAAGAAAUUGAGUAAUGUUAAUAGUACGCUGUCUGUCCUUGGACCUCUGACGUGGCGACAGUUUCAUCGCAUGGCCGGACCUUCAACCAAAGGCAACACGGACGAUCAGUGUGAACCCUUGCCUGUACCUGUGAUCACUGUGGGCCAUGAGAGUGACUUCCUCUCGAUCUCACCCUUGGCCUUGCACUAUUGGGAGCAUCUCUCUCUAGAACCUUUCUCCAUGCCGAGGGACGUGGUCUAUUUUGCCCUCUGUCCGGAUAACGAUCUUCUUCUCGGAAAGACAUCGCACUUCUUCAAGACGUUGAGCAAUGUCUACGAGACAUGUCGCUUGGGGAAGCAUGUACCCAAGUCAGAUUUCCGCGAUGGAAUUAUUCGGAUUGGUAAGAAGGCGGCCAUGGAGCUCAGAGACGACGAAGCCGAUCGCUGGUUCGACAUGAUUGGCGAAUCUCCGACUGCUUGUCUUCUCAAGCUAUAUGCUCAGGUGUGUCGACAUUAUUUGUUACCUCUGCUCCUCAAUCUGACUUUGGAUCAAAGUCUGCUCAAGAAAAAAGUCCCGAAGGAGGAAGUGAUGGACCGAUCGCAAUCAAGUCACCAAUUGACACCUGGCAUGAAUAAUCCCUAUGAGAGCAAUUCCUCGUCACAUCCUUAUCAAAUGAAUAGUAACAACAACUUUGGUGGCAUAGACAAGCCCAUGGGACAACCCAAGCAAGAUGGUGUGGAGAUGAAUGGGAAGGAAGGGGGACCGUUCGGUUUCGACGCCAUUGUAGACGAUUCUGAGUCGGACCCACCCGCAGUGAUGAUCUACCUCGUAGACCCCUUCAGUUUUGGGGUGGAAAACUUGGACAUGAGGCGUCUUUCCAACUUGGCUCUCCUUCGAUGCUUUAUGCAGAUGCUGCCUCACCUCAAGGGACCAAUCCGACAUAAUAUUCAUUUGCAAGUCAUAUCCAUGGAUAACAUCGUGGAAUUGUCCAAAACCCAGUCGCAAUCAGCCAUGCCGAAUCAUCUCCGAGGGUUGGCUUUCUCGAUCUACUCUCAAGUUCAAAGACCGUACCAAUACCAUAAAGACUGCAAAACACUCACCGGGUUCGGACCUGCCUCUGGGGCUGAGCGCUUCUUCAAGGCCAACGAGGCCAAGGCUAACAUUGUGAGACACUUGUACCAACCGCCAUACGUUUUGGCUCAACCCUCGCAGAAGAAGAAGUCGACCAAUUCAGAUUCGUUUGGAGGCUCAAAUGAACGGUCGUCCACGUUGUUUGUCAAUUAUUGUUUGUCUGAAGAUCAGCAUUGGCUAUUUGCCUCGUGUUGUGAUGAUCGGGGUGAAUUAGUCCGCACGAACAUCAUCAAUGUGGAGAUCCCGAACAAGACCCGCCGAAAGAAGGCCUCGGCUCGUCGAGUUGGAUUGAGUAAACUCAUGGACUGGAUCCUUUCUGUGAUGGCCAUGUCUUUGGUACCUUGGCGACUUGUGAUAGGAAGGAUUGGUCGCAUUGGCCAUGGCGAACUCAGAGGUUGGAGCGUAUUGCUCAGUAGAAAGUCGUUGAAAAAGUCCUCCAAACAACUGCGUGAUAUUUGCCCGUGGAUCAGCGAGGUACCCAGUAUCCUAUCUGCCUGUCUGGUGUCCUUGGAACCUGAUUCGAGCUUGCGAUUGAUGGCCGAUCAGUAUACGCCAGACGAGAGAUUUGGUCAAACUGCCAGUCAUUCCCAACUCAGCACCCCCAAAGAUGCCUCGUGUACUCAUAUCCUCGUCUUUCCAACCUCAGCCACCGCACAAUCCUCGCAAAAAGCAUUUGAAGAUACUCAAGGCUUAGGAUCCAGUAAGGAUGAUAUCGACGAUUUCGUGUUAGGACUGGAUCUCGACGAUUUGGAUCAAAACGAAGAUAUAGGUGGUUUAGGCGAUCUCAAUAUCUUCUUCGACGAUCCUUCGGGCGGCGUGGAUCAACCAGGUAGUCCGAGUAGUCCUAAAAGGGGCAUGUCCGAUCCGAACUCGCCAUCACAAAGAAAUUCAAAUGGCGAAGAGAUGUUCCGCUAUGAUCAAGAGGAACCAGGGAAACGAAUCGAGAUCCUUCAACAACCCCUUGCCUUGGGUUACCUGGUGUCCACAGCUAAAACCGGUCCAAUGCCCAAAUGGUUUUGGAGCUCUUGUCCUCAUUUAGAAAAUGUCUGUCCUGUAUUCCUUCGGUCUGCCCUUCACAUUAAUCAAGCCAAUAUUCAACAAGGAGGUGACGACGGAUUCUCUUCGAGCUCAGCUUCAUCUGGACGAGUUCAUUCCCUCGAUUCCACUUACACAACGGACGUUUUGAGGUACGUCUUGGAAGGCUACAAUGCUCUGUCCUGGUUGAAUUUGGAUUCUGACGGUCAAGACCGACGAUCAUGUCUGCCUGUGCACGUUCAACUCCUCCAGCAAAUCUACGCCAAUUUUGCUUCAUUGGUCUGAUCUCCCCUCGAAUUCUGAGGCUCCUUUUUGAUAUUGCGACCCAAAUAUCAAUGACAACUACGUCCUCCUUACGGCCUCGGCAGUAUUUACUUAAGUACUUAUAUUGUCACUUCCCAGCUCUGCCUACUACAUCCAAUCCCUCGCAAGCCUGAUGUCUGUGUUUCAUGGCAACUCGAGCCGCUCCUUGAUUUAACCUCAAAAGUCUUCUGUCAAACCGGACUUGAAUUUGAGCUUCGGAACUUGUAAGGCGCCCCAAAUUGAGAACAACAAA